AUGUCAAACUUAACUUCAUCAAUUCAAUUGACUAGACAAUCUACUUACAAAUUAAACAACGGGAGCCACAUUCCUGUUAUUGGAUAUGGUACUUAUUUAUUAGAUCGUUCUCAGGCUGCUGACUUGACUUAUGAAGCUUUGAAAGAUGGGUAUAGACACAUUGAUACUGCACUUGCUUAUCGUAAUGAAAAAGAAGUUUCUCAAGGUAUCAAGAGAUUUUUGGAUGAUCAUCCUGAAGUCAAAAGAAGUGAUAUUUGGUUUACUACCAAAAUUGACAAUCAAUCACAGGGAUACGAAGAGACAAAAAAAGCCGUUGAAAGAAUUAAGAAUGAUGUUAAAGAUAACAUUGAGUAUGCUGAUCUUAUUUUGAUCCAUUCUCCGUUAACUUCUAAGGCUCAACGUUUAGGCACCUAUCAAUAUUUGCAAGAACUUGUUUUGAAUCCAACUGACUCGCCAUUGAUUGUAAAAUCUAUUGGCGUCUCAAACUAUGGUGUUGAUCAUUUGGAAGAAUUGUUUAAUUGGGAAGGGUUUUUGAUUAAACCAGUUCUUAAUCAAUUGGAAUUGCACCCAUGGUUACCAAGAUUGGAAUUGAGAGAGUACUUGUACAAGCACGAAAUUUUGGCUGAAGCUUAUUCCCCGCUUACUCAAGGGUACAAAUUGGAUGAUCCAGAGUUAUUAUCCAUUAGCAAAGAAUCUGGCUUAAAACCAGCUGAAAUAUUGCUCAAAUGGUCAUUCCUUCAAGGAUUUAUUGUUUUAGUCAAGAGUGAUAAACCAGCAAGAAUUCAGCAGAAUUUGGAUAUUUUACCACAAGGUAAGAAAGAUGAUGAUGAAUUACAAGAGGGUGUGAAUUUAGGUGUGGUUAGUUUGAAUCCAGAUAUUAUAGAAAAAUUGAACAAACCAGAAUCCCAUGUGGUUUUGACUUGGGGAGGAAAAGAUCCAACUCUUUUCAAAGGUGCAUGA